GUCCCGGCUCAGAGUGAAGCCUCCUCUCUGUAGAGGAUCUCGGUCCCGGCUCAGAGUGAAGCCUCCUCUCUGUAGAGGAUCUCUGAGUGAAGCAGUAGGAUGGCAGGCAGCGCGUGGAGGUCAAUGUUGUCCCAGGUGGUGGUGGGAGCAGCGAGGAGACCGGCUGUGUCUGCAGCCUCCUUCACCAGAGGAAUGCAGACGCAGACGGUCACGCUGAUUCCGGGGGACGGGAUUGGUCCAGAGAUCUCCUCUGCAGUCAUGAAGAUCUUUGAGGCGGCUAAAGCUCCGAUCAGAUGGGAGGAGAGGAACGUGACGGCAAUAAAGGGACCUGGCGGCAGGUGGAUGAUCCCUCCUGAUGCCAAAGAGUCGAUGGAUAGAAGCAAGAUCGGACUCAAAGGACCCCUGAAGACACCCAUCGCUGCAGGUCACCCCUCCAUGAACCUGCUGCUCAGGAAGACCUUUGACCUUUACGCCAACGUGCGACCCUGCGUCUCCAUUGAGGGCUACAAGACUCCGUAUACCGACGUCAACCUGGUCACCAUCCGGGAGAACACGGAGGGCGAGUACAGCGGCAUCGAACACGUGAUCGUCGACGGCGUCGUUCAGAGCAUCAAACUGAUCACUGAGGACGCAAGCAGACGCAUCGCAGAGUACGCCUUCGAAUACGCCAGAAACAACCAAAGAACCAGCGUUACAGCCGUCCACAAAGCCAACAUCAUGCGGAUGUCAGACGGUCUGUUUCUGAGAAAGUGUCGUGAGGUUGCUGAGAACUACAAAGACAUCAAGUUCACUGAGAUGUACCUGGACACCGUCUGUCUCAACAUGGUUCAGGAUCCGACUCAGUUUGACGUCCUGGUGAUGCCCAACCUGUACGGAGAUAUUCUCAGUGAUCUGUGUGCUGGUCUGAUCGGAGGACUCGGAGUCACUCCCAGCGGGAACAUCGGAGCAAACGGAGUCGCCAUAUUUGAAUCGGUGCACGGCACCGCCCCCGACAUCGCCGGGUUGGACAUGGCGAACCCGACCGCUCUGCUGCUCAGCGCUGUCAUGAUGCUGCGUCACAUGGGUCUCCAUGACUAUGGCAACAAGAUCCAGACGGCCUGCUUUGACACCAUCAGAGACAAGAAGGUACUGACGAAGGACCUGGGAGGAAACUCCAAGUGUUCAGAGUUUACAGCUGAGAUCUGCCAUCGCAUCCAGGACAUGGCGUGAAGCUGCAGGGACGGAGCCGCUGUGGGAGCCCUGAGACUCCGCCCACCUGGACCACCGCCGGCAUACAGCCACGCCUCCCCGUCUCCCCGUUGACUCGUCUGAUCUGUGCAGGGAAACCGUCAGCUGCAGUUUUAUUUCUACUGUAGUUACAUAAAACAAAAAAGUGAUUUUGCUCUAACGACAUUAUGGAUGUGGAGGGGGCGGGGCUUCUGCAGCAGCUACAUGAGUAGUUAACAUUACAAAACAUUCACAGUAAACAUACGCACAAAUGAUGUCACAUGACCAAGUUUGGAUGAAUCAUUUCAGGAGUGUUUGUACUCUGAGUAUCAUCUUCAUAUUAAUGAUAGUUAAAUAAUAUCAGCACUCCGAUUGUUCUCCACACAGUUUGGAUAUUUGCUAUUUUUUUAUCAGUAAUCCAGUUUCGAUGAGAGGUCGUCUUAUUUAUUGUUUCCUGUUACUGUCUCAUGCUGUCAGUCUGAGACAUCCUGAAAGAUUGAAACAUUAUAUAAAGGAAGAGAAUGCA